AUGAGCCACCCCCCCCAACCGUAUCGGCAGUUCUCCGACUCGAACAUGAGGAUGGGUAAUGGUCAGGCCCACCAUCCCGACGAACCACAGAUCUAUUCGGCAGUCUAUUCCGGCAUUGAUGUAUACGAAAUGGAGGUCAAUGGAGUGGCUGUCAUGCGACGUCGCCAUGACAGCUGUUUGAACGCCACCCAGAUCCUCAAAGUUGCCAACAUCGACAAGGGAAAGCGGACAAAAAUUCUCGAGAAGGAGAUCCAGACUGGCGAGCAUGAAAAGGUACAAGGUGGCUAUGGCAAGUAUCAGGGCACGUGGAUCAAGUUCGAACGAGGGGUAGAGGUGUGUCGCCAGUACGGCGUCGAAGAGUUGCUUCGCCCCCUCUUGAACUACGACAUUAGCCAAGGAGGGAGCAAGGGCGACCUCAACACCCCAACUAAGGAGCAGGCCAUGGCCGCACAGAGAAAGCGCAUGUAUAGUGCUAGCAAUGAAGGACGCGCGAAUGGACUGUCUGGUACUUUCUUUAAGAAUAUCUCGAGUACCGCAUCCAACGCCGUCGCUGCCAUCAGCAAGGCUCGUUUCGAUUCCCCCGGUCCUAGAGGACGCAACGGUCCGACGAGGGCCCCCAGCUUCAGCCGGCAGUCGUCGAUGCAGAACGUCGACGACUUCCCCGGGAACUCGCAGCAGAGCUUCGCCUCCGACUAUGGGCACAAUGCCGACACGGCAAAUUCGACCCAGAACACGCAAAUCUUCAACGGUGACGAGCCGCCACGGAAACGCCAAAGAGUCGUCACCCCUGGCGAUAGCUUCGGCUACCCAUCCCAGCCUAUGGACACGUAUGCUAAUAAUUUUCCCGGCUCUCCCACGGAGCCUAACGAGUCGUUCGUUUACUCCCAAGCUGGUAUUGACGUUCAUGAAAAUGAUGUUGCGCCUCUCCCUCCUCUCCAUUUUGAUCUCUCCCCCGAGGGCGAACGCAAACGAAAUCUCCUCAUGGGCCUCUUCCUAGAUCCAAACGCGACCGCCUCCGAUUACGCACAGAAUGAAGCGCUUCAGACGUUGAGCCCCUUAGAUCUCGAUGCGCCGAUCGAUACCUCGAGCCAUACCGCCCUUCACUGGGCCGCUACGCUAGCCAGGAUACCCCUCUUGCGAGCGUUAAUCGCUGCCGGUGCUAACCCGUACCGAGUCAACGCUUCUGGAGAAACGGCCCUGAUGAGAGCCUCGGCCGUAACGAACAAUUCCGACCAAGUCUCAUUCCCUGAAUUGCUCGACGUCUUAGGUCAUACCAUUGAUAUUCGUGAUAAUAAGGGCCGUACAGUUCUACACCACAUCUCCGUCACGAGUGCCGUCAAGGGCCGUAAUCAUUCGAGCAGAUAUUAUCUUGAGAGUCUGCUUGAGUGGGUGGUAAGGCAGGGGAGCGCACCAAGUAGCCAAAAUACGGCAUCUAAUGGCAACACCGCCCAACCCAAGAUGGGCAUCGGGCGGUUCAUGAGCGAGAUUGUCAACGCGCAGGACAAGUCAGGAGAUACCGCUCUGAACAUUGCGGCCCGGAUCGGAAAUAAAAGCAUUAUCUCGCAACUAAUCGAGGUCAACGCCGAUCCUGGCAUCGCGAACGCGGCCGGCCUCAGACCAAUUGACUUCGGAGUGGGUGGUGACGCUGGCGAGGAUGCCAUGAACGGCGAUCCUACGGCGACCGAUAAGGCGCACAUCAUCGGUAACAGCCAGAAAACGCGCCAGAGUGGUGAGGAUGUCAUCACCUCCAUCACGCAUCUCUUAAACGAGACCUCCACUAGCUUCCAAUCGGAAUUGAAGAAGAAGCAGCAAGACCUUGACUCCCUCCAUGCUGAGUUACGGACGACAUCUACGCAACUAGGCGACGCGCGGCGCCAACUCGAGACUUUGAUAGCCACAGCUAAAUCGCAAGUCCUCGCUAGUCAGAAGGUCGUCAAUCUCAGCCAAGGCCAUGAGGAGGAGCAGAGACGUCUAUUCGCUCUAGAACAAAGUCACGGCCGGUUAGAACCGAAUAAUUGGGAAUCGGAGCUCGACGCGGCAUUGGAAUCUGCGAGAGAAGGGACACCGAAUGCGAACCUGCUGCCUAGCACUGCGGUCCUCCGCGCCCGGAUACAAGCGACUAGAGACCGCACUGACGCGAUAAGAAGCAACGUGGGCUCACUCAAAGGCCUCAGUAAAGAAAUUGAGGUCAAGUAUCGGCGGGUCGUAGCUCUCUGCACUAACGUGCCGGAGAGAGAAGUAGAUGUUUUCGUCGACGGUCUACUGCGCGCCGUAGAGAGCGAAAGAGGCGAGCUGGAGAUCGGCCGCGUGAGAAGAUUCCUAGGCGGAGUGGAUGGUAUCGCGCGUGGAUUGUGA